AUGAACCUUGCGAGGUUCUUAACUGAAUCUGUUCCCCAACCAGUGGAAGGGGAGACCAACGCUCAGGCUCUGAGCGCGGUAGAGGCUUGGAAGCACUCGGAUUUUAUUUGUCGAGGCUAUGUGUUAAACGGGCUUUCGGAUGCAUUGUAUAACGUGUACUACAAUGUCAAGACUUCCAAAGAUCUUUGGGAUGCCUUAGACAAGAAGUACAAAACGGAGGAUGCUGGCACAAAGAAAUUUGUGGUUGCCCGUUUCUUGGAUUUCAAAAUGGUUGAUUCUAAAACAGUUAUAAAUCAAGUCCAAGAAUUCCAAAUUAUACUACAUGAUAUCUCUGCGGAAGGCAUGACACUUAGCGAGACAUUCCAAGUGGCAACAAUGAUUGAAAAGUUACCUCCUAGUUGGGUUGAUUUUAAGAAUUAUCUUAAACACAAACGAAAGGAGAUGACUAUAGAGGACCUUAUUGUUCGUCUUCGGAUUGAAGAGGACAAUAGAAUUGCCCUAAAAGGCAGCCUUGCGCAAACUUCUGCUAGCGCAAAUUUGGUUGAGCAUGGGCAAUCCUCUAAGGGCGCGAAGGGCAAGGGGAAAAAGGACAAAGAGAAAGCAAAGGCUAGCAAACUUGGACCGAAGAAGUUGUGA